AUGCUACCCAACAACGAGAACGAGCUCACCAAAAACGACCCACCUGAACCACGAUCUCUUGAAUGGCAAACUCCACCUUCAACUCGACCUCCCAACAACAAAGAGCCACUAUCUCAAUCCAAGUUUUAUCACUGUGUUUGUACUCAGAUUGAAUUAAUCCAAGAAUUGGAUAUUUACCCGCCUCAAGAACCAGCCACACCUCAAGAUCAUAAGUUGAAUUUUCACCGUCUUCAAGCGUUUUUCCCCAAUUCGGACACCGACCGUUAUUUCAGCGAGCAAGUCAAUGAUACCCAAUCAAUUGACAUAUUGAACCUGUACAACGACAUCAAGUAUGUGGUCAAUUAUUACGUCUCACCACCUAACAAUCCAACCCCAAGUCGACGAGGCAACAUCUCCAUAUCAACAUGUUGGAAAUAUCAAUUCGGUCAAACUCACUUAAUGACACCCCCGCAUCCACCACUUUCACCACUUCAACCGAUUGAACUUACUUUUUUCAGUACAUCAACUAUGGCACAUAAGUGUAAGCAAGCUCUAUCUAAUUACAUGGUCUUGAGCACGCACUAA